AUGACCCAAAACUCAUCAACACCAACAUCACCAAUUCUCGGUUCGUCAUCGUUUGAUGACAACAAAUCGGAGGCAAGUUCCACACCUUAUGAACCAUCCCCAGAGUUAUUUAAAAAGCCAACAAAAACAAUCAUACAAACAUCUGAUGAUGAUUAUGACUUUGAAGAAGAGAACGAUAAUAAUAAGAAAGAAGAAUCUUCUGAUGACGAUUCAGCUAACAAAUACGAAGAAGAAAGAAAAAAGAAAAUAGAAAGAAACAAAAUGUUACUUGCUAAUUUAGGCCUUGGUAAUGGUUUAUUACCAAAGAAUAAUAACUCUACCACAACAAAGAAAUCAAGAAGGUCAACCGGAAGUGAAAGUGGUGAACCAACAGAAGUCAGAAGAUCUUCCAGACUUUCGUCUAAACCAAAACCAGUCUACAACUAUAGAGAACUUGAAAAGGUAGAAAAAGAAUCUAGAAGAGUCAUUGCACAAGAGAAAAAGCUAAAGAAGGAAGAACAAAGAUUAAAAUACUUUUCAAAGAGAACACUGAGGAAACAUCGUGGUGAAGAGGAAGAAAGUGCUGAAGAAACUGAUGAAGACACUUACGUUUCCGAAUAUAAUGAAAAUAAUAAGAGAAGAAGCUCAAGAAAUAAGAAGAAGAUUGAUUAUGCAGGUUUGGAACAUGGAGACUCAGAAAGUGAAGGUGAAUUUGAAGAAUUUGACCAGGUGACAGUAGUAGUGGAAGAAUCUCCAAAAAAGAAAAAGAAAGUCACCAAAAAGAGUACGAUUGCUUCUCCAGUAUGCUCUUUUUCAAAUUUUACAAUAUCAGAUGAACAUGCUGUUAGCUACACUGAAAUUGGUGGAACAGUUGCUGAGACACCAAGCGAUGAGAAUAUCACUCAUGUCGUUACAAAGGUCUACAAGAGAACUCUCAAACUCAUGUGUGGAAUAAUUAGAGGAGCUUACAUAGUGUCGGAAGAUUGGCUCCUGGAUUCUUUAGAAAAUGGAUAUUUUGUUGAUGAGAAACCAUAUCUCAUUAAGGCUGAUGGUGUGAGUCUAUUACAAGCAAGAAAACGUGCCUUAGCCCAACCAAUAUUUGCAGAUCUCAAAUUCUUUAUUUGUGAUGAUGUACAAGCUCGUGAUAUUGUAACACAAAUCAUUGAAACAGGUUCAGGGUCGAUUAUCACUGCCAUUGAUGAAAUGUUGGAAGAGGACUAUGAUUUUGAGAAUUGCUAUAUUAUAUACGAAGAGGAAGAGACAAAAGACAAGUAUCCAACACUACCAAACGAAGUUUUCAGGACAAAGGAAUUUAUCUUCACAGCUGCUGUGUCCCAAAAAAUAGAAGAUGUGUAG